GUUUACGGCAAUAAAUGUUAGCAAGGCACCCUUGAAUGAUUUAAAUUUUGUACGUGCGUUGCAUGAAUAAACGAUUGACAAUAAGUAGAUAACAGAUGGCUCGAGUAUGCUGACAGCCCUGUUCUUAGUACUUUGCAGUCUGCAAGUUUAAAGGAGAGUCCUGGUCCUCAAAUCGUGUCGCUUCGUGAAAAAUACUGUUUUCUAAUUGGCUCAUAUUAUCUUGGUAGACACAUUUCAAUCGUGUCUACCUGACAAAUUAUAUUUAAUUUGUCACAGUGUCUACUACGUUAACGUGAAUACUGCAGAGUUGAAAAAAUUCAACCUUAGGACGUGCUUGUUAUAGCUGGUAACGUCGUUUUAAUAAUAAAUUUAAUUAAUAUUAAAAUGUUUAUUUUUAGUAAUUUAAUUAAAAAUUAAAAUUAAAUGUGAUUUAAUAUUCAAUUUUAAUACUAAUUUAAAUUCAAUAUGAACUUUGUGAAGGUAAAUAAUAUUAAAUGUUAUGUAAACGUAAAAUUUAUAUUUUUUUAAAGACAGAUAUGCACUCUAUGCAAAAAGUUUGUUUUAUUAAACACUUCACACAACUGUACUUAUGAUAUAAAAUCACAAACUAGUAGAACAAGUCGUCAAUAUCUACUAGUAUUCAGUAGAACGUAACUGUUAAAAGUAGCAAUAUUAUAUUAUUAACUAAAAUUAAUUAAAAUAAUUUUGGUGUUUUUAUUAUUAUUAUUAUUAGUUAAUCGUAUAAUACAAGUAAACUAUAUUAAUAAAAUGGAUACUGUUUAUGUAAUAAUUCAAUGACAUCGUUUUUUUUUUGACAGAAAAUAGUGUGAAUAAUAAAAAACCUAAAAAAAAGUUUAGAGACGGUGAAAUAUUAAUAGCAAAAUAAUAAUAAAUAUUCAUAAUAUAAUAUAAUAAUAUUAUAUUUCAAGACAAAUGUGCGAUAAUAAUUACGGCGCAUUUUUGGUGAACGGUAAUAGUGAGUGAUAAUGUUGGUUGUAGGUAGAACAACAGGUACAAAUUAUUUCGUACAAUCAAAAAGAAACGUGUCGUGUGUAAAGCAUACGAAACGAAACGACACGGUUGAGGACUCCCCUUUAGACCAUUUUGAUAUUGACAUAAUAUGUGCUUGUUGCCUUUUUCCUUUGGCUACUGGAUGGCUGUCAACACGUUUCAAAUCGAAAGAUUUGCUCCAAUGGAACACGGUUAAUUUGUGUCCACUAGAUAGGCAACACUGGCGAAUAUUCAGCUUUUCUGCUUUACUUUUUUUUUUCAAACGGCAUAUCAAGGUAGUUUCAUUUAUAAUCUCUAUGUGUUUUGGCUAUUUUACUUUUUAUCAACAUUCAAAUUGAUAUUAUCAUUAGAUCAUGUAUUUAUCAAAUAGGUUUUCUGCCGACCACAGUAAAUUAUCUACCGUGCUGCCGAUAGUCCGUGUUUGUAACUGUUUAUAAAAAUAAAAAUUGAUAAACUAUAUAGUAGUAAUUGUAUCGGUUUUGGAAUUAUGCAGUUGUACUUCUAUUGAUAUCGCUUCAAAUUUAUUUAUGUUUUAAGCAGAGAUAUAAUUUCUAUUCUACGGACUAAUCAGCAGAAUAAUUGGUUUGUACAGUAUUUAUUACAUAGACUUAAACAUAUGUCUGAUUUAUUACUAUACGAGUUGUUUUUUAUGAAAACUCAGUAAUCUUACCUUAUAUUAAUUAUAAUAUUAAUACUUUAAGUUUUAUUAAGUUACAGAAUAGUAACCUUACACUUUAUAUUCAUUAUUUCAUUAUUCUAUUUUCUAGGUUAUUUUAGAAUUAAAAAAAUAUAUUUAAAAUAUUUUAGCAACCCUUUAUUUUAACUGAAACCAAAAACUUUUUAUACAAAAAAAUGAUUAAGCUAAAAAGAAAUUAGCACCUAGGCAAAUUUUAAAUUAAAUGAAUUGCUCAUUAUUUAUUAAGUACUCAUCUACUAUUUUUCAUAGAAUAUAAUAAUUAGAUACCUACAUUAAUAUUUUUCCAGGUUUAAUUUGAUAACCAAAAUGAUGUCUUUUAAGAAAGGUCAUUUUCGCAUUGGAGAAGCUGAGUUAAAAUGUAAAAAAGGCAAUGGUUGUGAUUAUUAUGGUAAUCCACAAUGGGAUGGUUUUUGUUCAAAAUGUUAUAAAGAUGUACAAAAACAAAGGCGAAUUAAUAUGUCUCCUAAGUAUGUUAUUAUUUGUUUAUAUUGACUACUAUAAGUUAUACCUAUAUACUAUUACCUACUAUUAAAUGAUACCUCAAUAAUAUAAAAUAAAUUGAGAAUUACUUUUUAAUAUUUAAUUCUUAUUGAUAUCAAUUGUAUUAAUUAACGGAUGUUAUUUUGUUAUGUUUUUACUGUAUAUUAGGAUUAUAUUUAGAAAUCAAUGUGUCAACUGGAUAAUUUUAUUAAUUUAUUUUUUGAAAUUAAAUGCCAAAUGAAAUUAAACAAUGAAUUAGAGCAGAGGUUCCCAACUUGAGUGCCGUGAAAAUUAUGCAAAGACCACUGUUUUAAUUUAUGUGUAAUAACACAUAUUAUAUAAAAUCUAUUUUAAUUUUCAUACUGGUUUGUUCCCUAUUACUCCCUAUUCCCUAGUACUAUUAAAAAGGAUCAUGCUACCUCUCAUUUACAACGAUACUUUUAGUUUUAUUUUUAGCUUUUUUGUAUCUAUACAUAAUAUUGAUCUAACAACUUCACUAUAAAAUUUUAAUUUAUUUAUAGUUUUCAUAAAAAGUAAUAAAAUGAUAUGUGUAUACGGAUGGAUACAAGAGGGGAAUAUGGGGACUGAAGCCCCUUCCUUCACACAUGUAGGUAUUUAGAAAAUAGGAUUUAUACUAUAUUAUAUAAAUUACAACUUGUAUCAAAAAUUCAUUUUUUCUACUCUUUCUUAUCUAUUUUUUAGAUCCCCCUUGUGUGUUGUAACAAUAUAUUUGAUUACACCUACCUAAAAAAAGUUAUAAAAUUUAAAUAUAAAUACCGGAUAUACUGCUAUAAUAUUAUAGGGUGCCAUCAGAAUUUUAGAAAAUACUUUAGGGUGCUGUGAGUAAAUAAAGUUUGGGUACUCCUGCAUUAAGAAUAACACAAAACUAAGUUUUAAAUUAAAGAGAGAGAUUAUACUAGAUUAAUACAUUAUUGACCGGCUUCAAUAUAUUGUGAAAAGAAAAUUUGGAUAUUUAUUGUGUCACUAAUAAGUAAAUAGUUGUAUUGGGUAGCCAAGAUAUUCAGUAUGUACCAUGAUUUCAUGAUAGAAACUUUUUGGAAUUAUUUGAGGUGAAGUUGAUCUUUAGCAAGGAAAGGGUGACAAAUAAGUGUCCUAAGAUAAUAAGGAUGGGUGCAGCCACUGUUAUAGGUAAGAAGUUAAGAAGGUAGAGGAGAAAUUUAAAUGUAUAUCUGUACGCAACAAUUAACCGUUGCUAACAAAAAAAACAAUUCUAAAUGGAGUUCAGUUGAUAGUGUGGCUUUGUUAACAAUAUUUAUGUCAUAUUAUGGUUAAAUAAUUAUAUAUGAAUUGUAUAUUUUCUUUAAUAAUAUUUGUUUCAUAUUGUACCUAUUUUCUCAGUUUCUCCCAUUUAUUGAGAAAACACAGGGAAAAACUAAAAAAUGACCUCACUAAAGUAACACCCCAGUCAGAUUUCUUUUAAGAAAAUGUGCUAUCAUUGUAACAGAGCAAAAUUGUUGGUAGAAAAGUUGUUCACAGAUAAAAAAAAAAUUAUAGAUAAACAUAAUUUUAAAAUGAUACAUUUACUCAGAAUCUAAAAUUAUUCUGUAUGUAUCUAAUACGUGAAAAUGUAUGGUCUUUUCUAACUAUCUGUAAAUUUUUCUCUUGGCUAUCUUAGUGGUAUUAUUCCAUUGUCAUUUUAUUUUCUCUUAAAUUGUCUGAUCUUUCCAUAUAAUAACUUCUUCCCAGCUAAUACAUUUCUUCGUCAUCAUUGUUACUAUAACUCUUCACCAAACAUUUUCCUAAGCUUUAAAUCAGUUUAUUGUUCCCAUAGGUUUGUUGAAUAACCUUUUUUUUUUAUUACAGCUUUUUCAUGUGGUGUUUACUCCUAAUAAUACAUAAAAUUAUUUUUACAGAAAAGUACAAAUGAACAAAAUAAGUUCAAAACAAGAUUCAAAAAAAAUUGGCUUAACUGAAAAAAAAUCCAAACUAUCAUAUUUAAAAAUGUUUAACACUAUUAAAUCCAAAGGUUGGUUUAAUAUAAUUGUUGACAUUAAAUGGGUAGUUAAAUUUAUAGUUUGUAUAGAUAAAUAUAGUCAAAUUUGUUUACAACAAUCUGUAAGGGACCUAGAAAAUCAGAUUGUUACAUCUACACUUUAUUAUGUCUGGAGAAAAAAAAAAUUCUUACUAAUCUUUAAAUUUAACAAUUGAUAUUUUUAACAUUUAUAUUAUUUAUUAUAAUAUUUUAAAUCAUUACUUACAUAUGUACGAUUUUUAAAAAAGUACAUAUAUAACUAAAUAUAUUAAAUAGUAAUCUAAUUAAUAAUUAUGUACAUGAUUAUGAUUUUUAAAAAAAUAAUCACAUAAUGUUUUAUUUAUAAUUGGAAAAAUAAAAUCUUUUAAUAAUAUUAGUAAUAUUCUUUAAUCUCAUUGAUACUUCUGGCAUAUUGAUAUGAAGUCUCGAAAAUUAUGUUUUGCUAUUUAGACAAUUUACCUUUGCUAUAAAUUUCUCCUUUAAAACAUAAUGAUUUAGAUAGUAUAAAACACUGUCAUUGGAAAAUAAUAAUGUAAAUUACUACAUACGAAAUAAAACCAAAUAUAUACAUUGCUGAAAAUUUUACACAGGACUGUUGUAUCCAGCAACAUUAAAAGUAUAUUUGACUGUAUUAUACUCUUUUAUAUAUUAUUUUAUAUCUUAAUGAUAAUAUAUUUUAUUUUACACAUAUUUUUAUAAUUUAAAUAACUAUUUACUAAUCAAUUGAUCGUGUAUUUAAAUACCAAAUUUGUGAUAUUUUAAAUAGUUUGUCAUAUUUUUCUUCCUUGUCCUUUCUUACUUUCUUAAGUAUUUCAAGAUAGCCCCAUCGUUUCUAAAUAAUUGCCUGACAUGUCACAUUAUUAUGUACUGUUCAACAGUUCUCUUAUCUAACCAUCUCCUUUUGGUUUUCCUGUUAUUUUAAAAAGUAUUAAAUAUUCAAAAUUAUAUAUUUUAAAUUUUUUCAGAUGAAAUUUCUGAAAAAACUAAGAAAGAUUAUGAUCCACUUAUUACAAAACAACUAGAUCAAGUGGAUUCAGAAUACUCUUUAAUUUUGUCAGAACCAAAAUCAUUACGCGUUGAUUUAAAAAAACAAAUUCGUAAUUUUUGUCAAAUGAUGAUGUCACAUUUGCAGAGUCCAGUUGAUAUACAGUCUGAAUUAACCCAACAUUUCUAUCAAAACGUUCUUGAUAUGUUGAAUAAUUAUUCUCAUGAAGGUAAAUUUCAUUUAUAGUAUUUAUAGUUUAUACCAUUAUAUUUUAGAUUUUGAGCAAAGCGUGGAAUGUAUUGUUUUUACAAUCAAGUUAAUUUCCUUUUUUUUUUAUCCAAACAACUUUUCAACCAGUAAUUUCGUUUCGAUUUUUAAGUAUAGCAUUUUUUCUGAAAAGAAAUCUUACUAGAAAGGUACUUUAAGAAUUUCAUUUUCUUCAUUUUCCUAGGAGUUUUCCCAAUAAAUUAGAAAAAACAGGAAAAAUGUAUGAAAUGUUUUAUUUUAAAAUCAUAAAUAUUACAGCAUUUCAAAACAUUUAUAUAAAAAAUAAUAAAAGAUGAACAUUAUGGUGAAACCAUUACACUCUUAGCUCCGCUCAGAAUGUAAAAUAAUAAUAAAUAAAUACAUAUACUGUAAAUAUUUUUUUUAACUUUAGCCGCUUAUUAUUUUUGCUACAAAUUGGUAACAUUUUAUUGAUUAUCUGAUAGUACUAAUGAAUACUUUACUAUUGUAUAAUAUUUUUUAUUCCUUUUUUAAAAUUAUUAUUUAUUAACAAAAUAUGGAUUAAUAUAUCACUUAAAUUUGAUAAAAUAGAAUAUUCAUUUUUAGAAUUAAGUUGUGUAUUUUGUAAUAGAUAUUCGAUGAAUCAGAAUUUUAAUCUGCAGUUUUCUAAGAAAUAUGUAUAAUGUUCUGAACCCUGGUAGUUAGUAAAUAUAAUUUUACUAUUUUAUGUAUUAUAAUUAUAUAAUUGUUGAUCUUUUAAUAAGUAAUGCAUAUAAAUCUAUCAUACUUUACAUACUUAAAUUAUUUUUAUUUCCAGAGUUGAGCCAUGAAACGAAAGAACAAAUUUUGGAUUACACAGAAAAAUAUUCUAUGAUUAAAUUAUACAAGUUUUUAUUUUGUAUGACUUUAGCUGACGAAGAUGAGGAUUUAGGUAUACAAAAACGGUAUGUAUUUAAUUAAUAAAAAUCACUCAUCAUUAUUUAAUACAACAAUGUAUUUAUUUUAAAGUUAAUAAAAUGCAAAGUUACAAAAUGAUUUUUAAAAAAUUAAUAUUUUUUAUAUCAUCCUAUUUUGUUACACAACUAUUCUAUGUUAUCAUCUUACUGUUAUCUUUUUGUUUUAUCUCAACUAUGUGUUUGCUUAUUUAAUAUUAAUUUGAAUUCUUUGAUUUGAUAUUUUAAGGAAAUUGUUUUAAAUACUAUAAUUUUAUUACAAAUUUCUAACUCAGUAUAUUUUAAUUAUUAUAAGCAGGGCUUGGAAGCUUUAGUCUGCUUAUUUUCUUUGGUGAAUCCUAGAAUAUAGUCAGUAAGCAACAAAAUUAUUUCAUAUUUAACUAAUAGCGUACAAUUUAUUUUGCUUAAUUUCCCAUUCUUAAUCCUAUUUUGGGUUUUCUUUUAGUUUAUAUAAAGUACUAUAACUUCCAAACCCUGACUAAGUUAACUACUUUUUUUUUUUAAUUGUGGAUAUUUAUUUAAGAUGAUAAUACUAUUUUAGGAUUCGUCAGUUAAAUUGGGUGAAUGCAAAACAUCUUGACUGUGAUAUUGAUAAGACCAAUGCACAGAUUAUUGAAUUGGUGUACAAAGCUAUUCUAGAGUUAUUAGAUAUGGAUUCUGCUACAGCUCCUCAAGACAAACUAGCAUGUGUUGUUAGAUGUUGUCGACAUAUAUUUGGAGUGCUUCAGGGUGGAAAUAAUGGAGUAAAAGGUCCUGCAUCAGCUGACGAUUUCUUACCUGUUCUUAUAUUUGUUGUCCUCAAAGCAAAUCCAGUUAGACUUAAGUCUAAUUUGCAUUAUGUCACCAGAUUUUGUAAUGCUUCUAGAUUGAUGUCUGGAGAAGCUGGAUAUUAUUUUACUAAUUUGGUAAUUUAUGUGAAUAAUAAGUUUUUUUUUUUUCUAAUAUUUUCAUGAUAUUAUAUUAUUUAUAUAUUUGUAUAUUUAAUUACUUAUAUAUUAAAUCAAAACUAAUACUCAGGUUAUUUACACAUUAAUAUACAUUAUUAAUAUAUUAUUUAUAUAUCUGCAGAAUAUAUAUGCAUACAUAUAGAUUAGUGUAUAGAGUAAUCCCAUUUAAGUGGCUACUCUCGAUAUUUCAAAAAGUAAAUUGACUAUUUAAAAAAACAUUUUAAGAACAAACAGCUCUAAAAUGAUACAUUAAUAUAAUUUUUUAUCACCCUUAUUUUAAGGGUGAAACAACUACAUACUUUUGAUUUUCAAAUGACAAACUAUAUCUAAGCUACCUAAAUGGAUCACCCUGUGUAUAUAAUGAAACCAAGAUUUUGUAUUUUGUAUUAUUAAACACAACAAGAAAUACAUUAAACCUGUCUUAAAAUAGUGUGUGCAAACUGAAAAGUUGCUGAUGAUCAUACAGUCUUUUCAUCUUUUUGAUUUAAUUUUUUUUAAAUGGGUAGUAAAACAAAUAAUAUUUUAUUCUUAAAUCUGGGCAAUACCAGAUAAUAAUCACCCUGAGUUACAUUUGAUUUCUAUUACUGAUUGUUAACUCUGUUUGUUUUACCAUCUUUAUUUUUAUUACAAUUUAAUACAAAUUGCUGGUUUUAUCCUAUAGUCUCUCAAGAACUACCUAUUUUAUUCAUUCCUUUGCUUGUCUAAUAGAAGAUUAGGAUAAAUAAAUAAUCGGGUAAUGUUGGGUAACUCAGAUAGUUAAAAAAAUGAUUAUACUUUCAAUUAUGCUUAUUAAAUGCAGUAAAUUUAUUAUUUUGACAGUGUUGUGCUGUGUCAUUUAUUGAAAAUAUUAAUGCAGAGCUUUUGAGUAUGAACACUGAAGAGUUUGAGCAAUAUAUGAGCGGGACUUUAGUAUCAGAUACUUGGGAUUCUGCUUUAAUUAUAUGUGAAGUAAAAUAUUUAACAUUAUAUAAUUAUAACUGUUAAACAUUUAAACUAAACUAUAUAUUAUUAAACAUAGGGAAUGCAUCAAAUGUGUGAACAGUUGGCAUUAUUAGCAGAUUUAAAAAGAAGAAAUAUAAUGAUUGUAGAAGAUGCAUUAAAAUUUAAAAAAGAAAUGUCUAGUUUUAGGGUAUUUAUAUAUCUACCAAUUUUAAAUUUAUAAUUCUCAAUAACUUUAUAUUGUUUUUCAUAAAUUACAUUUAAAAUAGGAAAAUUUGAUGGGACAAUUUGCAGUGUUGAAGGAAGUGUAUACUAUUGUUGAUGAUAAUGACCAAAUAGAAAAAAAAAUGUCAGUUAGUAUUGAUGAUUUUGAUCCGUUAUGUUCAAAUCUACCACAGUGGACUAUGACACCUCAAGUUAGUGCUAUUUAUAUUUUUUAAAUAAUUCUAUUUUAGAAAAUAAUUACUUACAAAAUGCUAAUGUAUGUGAAAUAAUGUAUAGGUUGUACAACCUACAGAAAGAACUCGUACUAAUUCUUCUUGUACGGAUGGUGAUUCUUGGGAUAUCCAUUCUGCUGAGACAGUAUCAUUACAUUCAUUAGAUAGUAAUAUGGUACCUGAAAACAAUACAAACGUUGAACGUAUUUUAGAAAAUACAAUAAACCCACAACCACAUUUAAAUGAAAUACAGGUAUACAUCAAUAAGAUAAUUAUAUUUCUAUUUAACUGCAUAUUAAUAAAUACAUUUAAUUAUAAAAUCAAAUUUUAUUUAAGUCUUUAGCGAAUGCCGCACAUAUUUCAAAUACACAAUAUAGCCAAUUUUUAUUCAAUUGAACCAAUUUUAGGCUGUAGUUUCCCAGGUUUCCCAGAUUAGGAAAUACUGAUGAUCUACAUUAAUUUAUUAAUGAAUAUGUGAUAUAAAUUAUUACAAAAAUAAGUUCUUAAGAUUGCAAUAGGUGAAAAAUCCACCCUAAUUUAAAGUUUACUAAAGUUGUAUGUAUUAUAUCUUACACAAAAAAAAUCACUAAAUACUUGUAAGACAAGACAUUUUUUGGAUUUUUUUAUGUUAUCCUAAAAAUAAUAAUAUUUUUAAAGCGAUUAAAUAUUUAUUAAUUUUCCUUUUUUUUUUUUUAAAUUAGGUGAACAAUGCAUAUGUGUUUGUUUUCAUUAAAGACAAAUGUGUAUAACAUUAGUAAUAAUAUUUUUUCCAGGAAAUAUCUAUUCAAGGAUGGCAAAUACCUAGUAUACCAUGUGAAACUGGAGGAAAAAUAAUUACCAAUACUGAGAAUAAUAUAUGAUGAGUGUAUUUUUUGAUUAGAAUCAAGUACCUAUUAUCUUACUUUAUUAUUUUUGAAUUACCCUUUUAAAUAAUCAAUUGAUUAUCACUCAUGUAAAGUUAUUGCUUUAAAAUAUCAGAAAAAGAUUGGUUAUUAUAAUAUUUUUUAAGAAUUGUUAGACUAAGCCUAGUCAUAUACCUAUGUGUUAUGUU